AUGCGCCAACCUCGACGGUAUCCUAUAUUAUCCGCAGUAGGCUACCCUGCGAUGCGCCAACCUCAACGGUAUCCUGUAUUAUCCGCAGUAGGCUACCCUGCGAUGCGCCAACCUCGACGGUAUCCUAUGUUAUUCACAGUAGGCUACCCUGCGAUGCGCCAACCUCGACGGUAUCCUAUAUUAUCCGCAGUAGGCUACCCUGCGAUGCGCCAACCUCGACGGUAUCCUGUAUUAUCCGCAGUAGGCUACCCUGCGAUGCGCCAACCUCGACGGUAUCCUAUGUUAUCCACAGUAGGCUACCCUGCGAUGCGCCAACCUCGACGGUAUCCUGUAUUAUCCGCAGUAGGCUACCCUGCGAUGCGCCAACCUCGACGGUAUCCUAUAUUAUCCGCAGUAGGCUACCCUGCGAUGCGCCAACCUCGACGGUAUCCUAUGUUAUCCACAGUAGGCUACCCUGCGAUGCGCCAACCUCGACGGUAUCCUGUAUUAUCCGCAGUAGGCUACCCUGCGAUGCGCCAACCUCGACGGUAUCCUAUAUUAUCCGCAGUAGGCUACCCUGCGAUGCGCCAACCUCGACGGUAUCCUAUAUUAUCCGCAGUAGGCUACCCUGCGAUGCGCCAACCUCGACGGUAUCCUAUAUUAUCCGCAGUAGGCUACCCUGCGAUGCGCCAACCUGGACGGUAUCCUGUAUUAUCCGCAGUAGGCUACCCUGCGAUGCGCCAACCUCGACGGUAUCCUGUAUUAUCCGCAGUAGGCUACCCUGCGAUGCGCCAACCUCGACGGUAUCCUAUAUUAUCCGCAGUAGGCUACCCUGCGAUGCGCCAACCUCGACGGUAUCCUGUAUUAUCCGCAGUAGGCUACCCUGCGAUGCGCCAACCUCGACGGUAUCCUGUAUUAUCCACAGUAGGCUACCCUGCGAUGCGCCAACCUCGACGGUAUCCUGUAUUAUCCGCAGUAGGCUACCCUGCGAUGCGCCAACCUCGACGGUAUCCUGUAUUAUCCGCAGUAGGCUACCCUGCGAUGCGCCAACCUCGACGGUAUCCUAUAUUAUCCGCAGUAGGCUACCCUGCGAUGCGCCAACCUCGACGGUAUCCUAUGUUAUCCGCAGUAGGCUACCCUGCGAUGCGCCAACCUCGACGGUAUCCUAUAUUAUCCGCAGUAGGCUACCCUGCGAUGCGCCAACCUCGACGGUAUCCUAUGUUCUGCCCAUUACGCUACCCUGCGAUGCGCCAUACUUCAUCGACGCAGUCUUAG